UUGUAGGGUGGGAUAGAUUCAGCUUGUCAGUGAAAAUGUUUGUGUCAAACUUGUAUGUGCAACUUAAUACAUUUCUGGGGUAUAUGUGUAGGUUUUAUAAGAAUAGUGAUGUUGAAAGAUGUGUUGGAAAUGUGUAGUUUCUAUUAAACGUUUUUAAUUAUGAAAGUUAUUAAGUGAUCAAAAUGGCUUCUGGUGAUACAAUAGAAACUAUAACCGAAGUGUACGAAACUUCUUUUAACAACUUAAAGGAUAAGGAUACCAUAGUAAACAAUGAGCAUUCAGGAGAUACAAGGGAUAAGGACAACACUCUGAACGCAAAAACAACAUUCCACGAUGCGGGCCAGAGAGUACUCGCAAAUGUGGCGAAGUCGAAGGCGGAGAGGGAGAAGGAAAGGGAGAGAAAAAUUGGACACAGAAGGGUAGGAGUUGGUGGAGAGAUCACCUACAAAAAGAUCCAAACUAGUCAAAUAAUGGGAUCUAUUCAAUUAGGUAUCCAACAUGCUGUAGGAGGAUUAGCGUCGAAGCCCGAGAGAGAUCUGUUGAUGCAGGACUUCAUGACGGUCGAGACGACAAAUUUUCCGAGAGAGGGAUCCAAUCACACCCCUGCCCACCACUAUUCGGAAUUCAAGUUCAAGAACUACGCGCCCAUUGCAUUCAGAUACUUCAGGGAUUUGUUUGGUAUUCAGCCUGAUGACUUUCUUAUGUCGAUGUGUGAUACUCCUCUACGAGAAUUGUCAAAUCCUGGAGCCAGUGGUUCUAUAUUUUAUUUAACUAGCGAUGAUGAGUUCAUUAUUAAGACUGUUCAGCACAAGGAGGGAGAAUUUUUACAGAAACUUCUGCCAGGAUAUUACAUGAAUCUCAAUCAAAACCCUAGGACGCUAUUACCGAAGUUCUUCGGUCUCUAUUGUUAUCAAUGUAAUAGUAAGAACAUAAGGAUGGUAGUGAUGAAUAAUCUGUUGCCUACGUCCAUACACAUGCACCAGAAAUACGAUCUCAAAGGAAGCACUUACAAAAGAAAGGCGUCGAAAGCAGAGUGCCAAAAGAGAACUCCUACUUAUAAAGACUUAGACUUCAUGGAGCACCACCCGGAGGGUAUUUUGAUGGAGGCCGAUACUUAUAACGCAUUGGUCAAAACUAUACAGAGAGAUUGCCGAGUGCUGGAGAGUUUUAAAAUUAUGGACUACAGUCUUCUACUCACAAUACACAACUUGGAUCUUGAACAAAAAGAAAGAUCGGAGAGGCGAUCCCAGAUAAACUUGGACGAUUUGCCAGACGAGGGAGCGCCCGCCGACCCUUCCGUCGCCUUCAUUCAGGGCGAGAGAACAAGAGAGAAGGAGGACAGGAUGGGGGUGGCAGCUCUCAACCGGAGCAAAUCGAUCAACAGACAACGGCUGGUCGCCCAUUCCACCGCCAUGGAAAGCAUUCAGGCCGAAAGCGAGCCUAUAGACGAAGAUGAGGGUGUUCCCCCUGGGGGAAUACCAGCAAGAAACAGCAAAGGUGAAAGACUGUUGUUGUUUGUUGGAAUCAUAGACAUAUUGCAGAGCUACAGAUUAAAGAAAAAGUUGGAACAUACGUGGAAGAGUAUGAUACACGACGGAGACACAGUAUCAGUACAUAGACCUAGUUUUUAUGCGAGUAGGUUUCUUAAAUUUAUGGCCGAAAAUGUUUUCAAGAAGAUUCCUUCACUGGACUUGCCCGAGAUAAAAGGCAAUCACCGCAAGUUUCGAAAUCUGGUAACCAGCUACAUAGCUCUUAAGCAUUCCCCAUCUAAGAGAAAAUCACUCUCGAGACCCCUACGUUCUCAUGAGGACGACAUCAACAUGUUGGGUCAUGCAGCAUCCUCUCAGGCGCAGGGAAAUUCUAGUCAGCAAAACGGAAACAAGACUGUAGCCAGCCCUAUGGACUCCUCGGUACCCUCGAAAACAUCCCCACCCAGCCACUACCCUCCCAUCACAAUCUCCACCCCUCACACGCCACUGACCUCCCCUCCAGCAUCGUCAUAUCCUGCUAUCCUAGUCGGGCGACCGACUGCUGAGAACAAACCUAAAGUGCCACCUCCGGUGCCCCCUAGAGGAACCCCCAAAACUAAAAGAGGCGGAAUUUCUGCAAAAGGUAUAGCGCAAAGCUGCUGCAGCACGCCACCCCCAACCUUCGACGAGGUCCUGGAACAACGAGCUUCCGAACCUCACGAGUCUACGGGGGCGACUCCGGCCAGGAGAUACCAUCACCAUCAUGGUAGUCACGGCUCGCAUUCCAUUCACCAGAGUCAUUAUCAUGCAUCCGUCCGGACUUAUAGAGAGGAUGCAGUAAGCAUUAAUGACAUAAAACUAGAGUCUCGUGCCGAAACCAAAUCAUCUCUAAGUGUGGAGUCGGGCAGUUCUAGCGGAGCAGGACAUUCGAGUCAUUCUAGAGGUCUAACGUGGACCCCUCCUGCUUCCGUAGAGGGAUCAACACCAACGUGGACAGAAGGUACUCCUUCAUUCACAGAAUCUUCCAGUAGCGGGGACAUGGGGUGUCCCACCACGCCGCUGCGACAGAGCUCCAACAGCCCUUCGAUGUCUGUCUCGCAUCACAAGAAGACGGUAGAACACGCCAUCACCUGCCUCACCUCAGAAAUGGAACAACUGAAGACUCGUGUGGAUGACGAUUACGAGUGAGAACACAGAGUGUAAUAGCACACUGAUGCUGCUUAUCAUCAUUGUUGUUUGUGCUUUCUUGUGAAAGACCAUGCAUCAUCACUUCUCGAGAUACCUACAUGAUAGAGAUCUGUUUUUUGUGAUAUAAAGUUUUUUUUAUUGAAAUGCUGGCGAGUAAAGAAAAGGGAAAUCGAGAAGAACCUCAGAUUAUGGAAAUAUAAAGAAAAAAUCAAAAUAAAAUGUGUUCUUGAUUCUCAGUUAUAACAAAAAUUUAUGAUGUUUCAAUGAAUUCAGAAAGAAAUAUCCAAAAAUAUGUCAAAUAUUAUUUAUACUUUUCCUUUCGUGAACUCAUUUAUUCAUUCAUUUUACAUACUCAAUUGUUUCCUUACAUUGAGUCUUCUUUGUUUCCCUCUAUCGCGGCUCUUAACAGUUUGGUUUUUAUUUUUUCUAACUUGAGUUGAUGCUAUGCUUGUUGAACAAUUUCAAAUGAAUUCAACGUUGAUUUUUCAUAUUCUAGAGUAUUCGAAAAACACUUUUCGUUACUAAAUGGAGAGAUUGGCAUUUCAAAUGAAAGCCAAAAUAAACCCACAUCAGUUCGUAUUUGUUUUGACUAUUCAAAUAUAAAGAAAAAGUCAAAACAAGGAUUUUUUUGUUGUUUUAUUUGAGUGUAGUAUGUUCAGUAGAAUAAAUAAGUUCUCACCAAUGAUCGAAUUGAGCAAUAUUGCCAUUAUGAGAAAUUGUCUGGAAUAUCACAUUAUCUUGAAUCUGAAAUAUGUUCAUUUCAAAACAUUCCAGUUGCAAUAAUGUUUUGCAAUAAAUACUUAUGUAACUAUCCGAUUAGAAAUAUGGAGAUAUGGGCCAUUUUAUUCAUUUUAUGAUUUUAGCAGGUUUCAAUAUUUACUUCUUAGUUUUAUAUUCAUUUUUAUAUCUACAAUUUUAGAAAGACUAAUGUGUCUAGUCUAAAUAUUUAUUAAAGUCUAAUUCUAUUUAUAUAAUUCUCGUCAGUAUUAUAUGUGUUUAUCAGAGUAAUCUACCUGAUCUUCAUUUUGUUUUGGAUAUAAAAGGCUUGAAUAGUGAAUGUUAAAAAUAACCAGUGUACAUUUUGAAGCAUUGUAUAUUCUGUACUUACCAGUUUUUCAAAAGUGAUUUUUAUCGUGGUGAAGCUAUAUUCUCUGUUUUAGUGAAUAAUUGAAUGAUCUUCAUAGAAAUCAGAUUCAGAUCAAUUCAAAUGUAUAUAUCUACUAUUCACAUUACUUUUUCCUCAAUUCAAUCUUAAAAUAUUGAUGUAAUAUUUUGUUAUUUUCAUUUUUAAAACGGAAACAAAACACAAUUUGAAGCAUUUUCCGGUUAUUCAUAAUUCAUAAAAUUUCUGUGUUUGAUUGAAUUCGAAUUUAUUGACGAAAACUUUCUUUGAAAAUGAAAGAAAUUCCUUUUUAUUAUGUAUUCGAACAUUUUUGUUCACCUCGCAUAUCAUUUUGUACUUAUUAUAUUGUAAUAAAUUAUUGUUGCUGUUUUAAAAUAACUGUCGCACUAUACUUUCAUCCAAAGUUAAUCGAUCGAAUUUUUAUAUGAUGACAUACAAAGCAAUCAUUGAAAUGGUAGUAAAUAAUCUAAAUGUAACAGAAAAAUCUGGCUGAAAAUUUAUGGUUCUUGUAACAUAUUAUGAAUCUGGUUCCUAUGAAUACCAUGAAUUCUGGCUCAGGUUUGAAUAAUUUGUAUAUCUGUAAAUGUGAUCAAAUAAUUAGCGACACCUGUUGCAGCAGUUAUAGAUGAAGAUUGUUCACUAGUGUUGGGAUAAAACGAAUUUUUUAUAUGAAUUGUUAUCGUUCUUGUGAUCUGACAAAAAUCUUAUUGUUUCUGAAAUGCUUAGUGGAGUUUCGCUUCUACAAUAUAAAUAUUUCAACAUGA